AUGUUCAAGUACACGAUCAUGAUCGCAGCGGUGGUUGUCGUAUCGGCGUCUCUGGCCAACUCCGUGUCGGCCAACUCUUCCCCGACAGCGGCCAACCAAUACGACCCGAUGUUCGGCGCGGCCACGUCCGUCCACAAGGACAAGCAGGGCCACCACGGCGGCGGUAACCUAUUGGAGUCCGGUCUGUCCGGUCUGUUCAAGUCGUUCAAUCUAAAGAAAGUCGUCAAGACCGCCCUGAUCGUCGGCGCGGUGGUCGUGUUGGGCGCAGUAGCCGCGGCCGGCGCCGCCGGUAUCGCCGCCAUCGUGACCGCGGUGAGCGCCGCGUUACCGUACUUCCGGUUCUUCUCCGGCGGCCACAAGAGCCACAACGGCCCCAAGGGCGGCAAGUCUUCCGAUUCCGAGAUGGACGUCAUCGGCGAAUUCGUGUUGGGCGCGUUCAACAAAUACGACAGUCAGCACAAGGCGUAA